AUGCUGGCGGCGCUCAAAAUCCGCUCCACCCUCAACGACCUCUACGCCGCCAACAAGCGCCAGAGGGCUGAGUGUAAAUCUUACAAACGGAGUCCACUAAAGAAGCCUAAACCCGAAACUCCGGUGGUUCUCCGCCGUUCGCUGAGAACUCGUGGGGUGCCGCCUGAUGCUGCCACUGCCGCCGGCCUGGAUGAUGAUCUUGUUGAUGAGAAGCAGAUUAAGGAUAUCUCCCACUUGAGUUCCAACAAAAAAUCCCCUCGAAGGAAGGGACCCCUUCCAUUGACUGAUGCAUACCGUGGUGAUGACGGGUUGGAAUAUAAACUGAAGGAAACUUUCUCCUUCUCUUGGAAGUCUUUACAGGGUGAGGGUGAUGGGGUUCCUUGUGAUUUUAAAGAUGUUGAGAAAUUGAAUGUGACCAAAAAAAUGCGGGGUGCAGUUGAUGUGACAGCAUUGGAGUUGAGGCCUGAGAAUGUAGCGCGAUUGGUGCCAGGGAGGAUUAUGAAUGUGAGGUUUUUUCCUACGCUGGAUAUGCAAAUGGUUGUCGUUGGCAACAAGUUUGGAGAUAUUGGAUUUUGGAAUGUUAAUGGCGAGAGGACCGGUGAUGACGGGAUUUAUUUGUUCCACCCCCACUCAGGGCCUGUUUCUGGAAUCACCAUAGACCCCUUUUCGAUUUCUAAGAUGUAUAGUUCGUGCUAUGAUGGGUUUAUCCGAAUGAUGGAUGUGGAAAAGGAGGUAUUUGACUUGAUUCAUUUCAGUGAGUCCUCUAUAUUCUCCACAUGCCUGAGUCCACAUGAUGUAAAAUCCUUGUAUUUUAGUGAGGGUGGAGCAGUCCGUAUGUUGGAUGUACGAGCAGGAAAAUGUUUGUUAUCAUGUGAUUUGCAUGUAGAUAGAGUCAACACCAUAGACUUUAGCUCGGAAAAUGAGAAUGUUAUGGCUACAAGUUCUACAGAUUCCACUGCUUGUAUUUGGGAUCUAAGACGCCUAAAUGCCAAUAAGCCAACGCCAUUGAAGACUGUUAAUCAUAGGAGAGCUGUGCAUUCUGCUUUCUUUUCACCCACUGGGAAGUUCCUGGCAACAACAAGUCUUGAUGACAAGGUUGGAUUGUCAACUGGAGCUAAUUAUGAGAAUACAUACAUGAUGUCUCAUUUCAAUCAGACAGGCAGAUGGAUCUCCACAUUCAGAGGCAUAUGGGGUUGGGAUGAUUCAUCCAUCUUCAUCGGUAAUAUGAAACGAGGAAUUGAUGUCAUCUCCAUUCCGGAUAAGAAAACUGUUGCUACUUUGAAAAGCGACCUCAUGACUGCUAUUCCAUGCCGCUUUGAUGCACAUCCGUACUACGUAGGUAUGCUCGCAGGUGCAACAGGUGGAGGCCAAGUUUAUAUUUGGAAUCCUAAUCCAUGA